AUUAUAAUACGACAAUACACUGUAUUGCUUGAUGGCUGAUAAAUAAAUAGCAGGUGCAAUCAAAUGGACAAUAUAGCCUCAGCCUUAGUUUUUCAAGUAGUUUAUGCCAUUAGAUAUCUAAUUUAAAGCCUAAAAUAUGAGUGAGCCAACAGGAGACGCAGUCUAGUGAGCCACCUGUGAUGUGAAAUAAGAAAACUGCAUAUUGUCACAGAUAGGUGAAUUGGGGAGAGGAGAAAAAACCCAGUAAGCAAAAUAAUGUUGAAAAUACGUAUUUUUCUGACGUCGAAGUUAGGUUAAUUUUAGGUUAUGAAUGAAAGUUCAAAAUACAUAUUUUACGGAACGGACGAAAUCUGAACCAAAUAUAGACAUCUAUGAUUGGUUCGGACCGGAUCAAAAAUCAACAACCCGUGGCUGGUCCAGGCCACACCAAAAACAUACCAAACAAAGAAGGCCGGUCUGGGCAGGACCCCCAAAAAAUAUGUACAAAAGAAGUCGGUCCAUGCUUAGUGGGAACUGAGUAAGGGGAGAAGCUUGUAGGCAACAGUCACUUUUCAAGACCAGUCCACAAUCUCAUCGAACAAGUUUUUUUAGUAUGAUAUAGCAGAGAUUACUUUCCAAGAAAUAUAGAUUCGUCUUUUUGUACGCUAAAGGAAUAGCAUGGUGGCGUCCAGCUACCUACUUUCAAGGUAGCUGGUCACGGGACAGUGAAUAGACUCACUAAGAUGUAGCCAAACUGUAAUUUAUGCGCAGCUUUCAAUUUUUCAAAAUUGACACUAAUGAAUGAUGAGAUGCUUUAACAAUAGGGGUACCUAUUCAAUUUAAGGAUUUCUUAUUUAUUACACGUUUUGCGCCAUAGAUAUGGAUAUUUUUUUCAGGAGAAAGAGGGCAUUGAAAACUCUCCUGAGCUUGUCUCUAGUUUUUGCGUCUUUAUUGAUGAUCCAAAAGUUCAAGCUUGUGGAUAACAGCAUCAAGGAUGAUAUGGAGGUUAAACGCAUGGAAGACGCCGGUUGGUGUGGACCUGAGUGUGAUUUCUACAAAGGAAAAGGCCUAUUGAAAAGCAGUUUGGGAAACUACUCGCCGCCUGUUCUUGGUGAUGAUUUGGAUGCGCCACGGGUGAAGGUGUCCAACGCUACUCUGGCUACUUGGGAUGUACACGUUAUGAACUGCAGUGAAGAUUCAGCCGUGAGGAAAAAUGAUUGGUUUCGACGUUUGGAUCCGAGGUUCCACCAAUUUGUGUUACACAGACAUUGUCGGUAUUUCCCAAUGUUAAUAAAUCACCCGGAUAAAUGCAGGAAUGGAGACGUGCACUUGCUCAUGGUUGUAAAAUCCGUUAUAGAGCAGCAUGAUAGGCGAGAGGCCGUGCGGAAUACCUGGGGUAGGGAACAGGCAAUUGAUGGUAAGAGAAUAAAAACGCUGUUUCUUCUAGGAAGCCCUACAAAUGGUAAAGACACGAAAAACCUUCAAAAGUUGAUUGAGUAUGAGGACAUUAUAUAUGGAGACAUUCUUCAAUGGGAUUUUAUGGACACAUUUUUCAACCUCACCUUGAAAGAGGUGAAUUUUCUGAAAUGGUUUGAUAUUCACUGCUCCAGUGCCAAGUUUAUAUUCAAAGGGGAUGACGACGUUUUCGUGAAUACAAAGAACUUACUGGAACUUAUUAGUUUCAAGACUGAGGACCGCAAAGUGCUGAACUUAUUUGUUGGGGACACCAUAUCCAAAGCCAUCCCCAUCAGAAACCAUCAAAGUAAAUACUACAUCCCCAAAGAGCUGUUUGACAAACCGUACCCACCUUAUGUUGGUGGUGGUGGGUUUUUAAUGUCCUCACAAUUAGCUCAGAGACUGUUUGUGGUUUCGGAGGACUUGGAGCUCUAUCCCAUUGAUGAUGUGUUUUUGGGAAUGUGCCUCCAGAAGCUACACUUGACUCCAGAGAUGCACAUAGGUUUCAGGACAUUUGGCAUCAUGAAACGCAGAGUGAGUCCAAUGAACAGAGAACCUUGCUUUUUCAAAAACCUCAUCGUAGUCCAUAAAUUGAGUGCUCAGGAGCUAUUCAGGAUGUGGAGUGUAGUGGAAAAUAAGGAGCUGGUUUGUGCCAAAAACACUGCACCAUGAUUGUCCAGUGUGACAAAGGUUAUGCAACAAAUAUUGUUAAAUUGUUAAUUGUAAUAUGUGUAUGUAGGCCUAGUAGGACACACUGAUGUCACUAAAAUAUCCAACUAAGAAAGACAAUGUGAAAAGAAUGACAUUCUUUCAUUCUCACUGACCUGUUUAAUGUUUCACUUUUGUAAUGUUUAUUGUAAUGUCAAUAGGUAGGAAAACAAAAUUAGUAAGUGUACAUGACUUAUGUCUAUACAAAAUUAACCACUUUUUCAGCAAACUGUAAAUAUAUGGCAGCAUUUAACACUGAAAAGCUUUUUUCAUGCCAGUUUAGUGCCUUUGAUUUUUGAGAUUAGGGAUGUUUUAGUAACUAAAAAGGAUACAUAAAAAUAUAAUUUAGUAAAUGUUUGCCAUAGAUUCUAGAACAAAUAUUUAAUGACAUUUUAAGUCACAACUAGUUUUUGUGUUGAUGUUUAACAGAUUCAUUAAAUAUGUAUUGUUAUAUCA